CGGAUGCAGCAGUGAUGAUGACUCUGAGUGUGACUCUCUGCUUUACUGCUGUUCUGUUCAGCCAAUACAGCGCCGUUCUAACAGCAGGCCCUGUAACGAAGAAUCAAGGAGAAAAUCUGACCAUGGUGUGCACCACAGAGGACACUGACCCAAUGGGUUUAUAUCUACAUCUAAGAAACCCUGAGAAACAUGAAGUAUUUUACUAUGACAUCAAUAGUAAAACACUGACAUCCCCCCCUGAGUAUGAGGGAAGAGUUAUCACCAGCGGUGACCCCAAGGAGCUAACAGUAACCAUCACUAGUCUACGAGAGAACGAGAUGGGCGUCUACACCUGCGUGUUUAACUUUUUUGAUGGAAAACGUGUAGAAAAGGAGACGAAUGGUGCUCUGGUGUUUGUGAAAGCGCAAGAGGCCGUGACUAGCAAAGUUUCUAAUACAGAACCAUCUGCCAUGCCAGAGAUGCUCGUGCUGGUUUCCGCACUUACUGCCUGCACUGUUGUCAUACUGUGUGUGUUGGUGACCGCAGUGUGGAUAAUACCCAAGGUGAAGGCCCUGUGUGCGAGGCGGAGAGACAACAGGUCCAAGGCUCAUAACGCAGUUUAUGAAGAUAUGCGCGCCCACCGUAUGCAACAGAUCUAAUUUAAACCCCCCUUUCCUGCACUCAGAGGUUGAAGGUUUGCCCUAUCUGUCAUUGCUGGAUGCUUAAAACCACCUUGUUUGCUCUUUCAAUGUAGAUACAAAAGACUGUUGUCAGAACUAAACCUUGUAUCGCCAUUUUUGUUGUUUUUCAGUUUUUGACAUAAAUUGAAAGUAUCUGUUGACCUUUACAUUGUGUGCAAAUUUCAUGAUGAAUGGACAAAAAAAAUGACCCAGAAUGACUUACUUAUACUUGUAAAGUAUGUUUUUACCUUCUCCUGUAAACUUUACAUUUUGGAGAUAUGAGGUUUCGACCUGCUGACCUUUACAUUGUGUAAAAAAAUCAUGAUGAACGAAGCAAUUCCGACUGCAAUGACAUUUUACUAUAUAAAAUAAAUGCUUUAUAGUGUGUAUAUUCCUGUAAAUAGAUAUUUUUAAAAUAAAAUUGUCAAUAUAAUGCAGUCCGGUGUGAACUGUGCGACAAUUUGUGAAAAACAGUAAUAAUUAAUAAAUAAAUAAAUAAAUAAACAUGCUUGUUACAAUGCAUACACGUUUACUUUCCACCUAUACAUGUAUGUAUGUUUUUUAAUGUUUAUUUUAAUGUAAAUAAAAUUUGAAAAGUAGACUGUAAAAAUAAGAUACUCAAUAAAUAUAUUUUAAGUGA